AGGCGGUGGGGAGGGGGGUGGGGGGGACGGACAGAGCGGCUUCGCUCGUGGACAGAGCGGGGGAAGAGAUUCUCUCCCCCCCCGCCCCGCCGACCGGGCAGCGAAACCGCCGCGGCGGCGGGAGCGAGCGAGCGGGGCCCGCGGCGCUGCUGUGCCCAGCCAUGGACAAUCAGUGCACGGUGCAGGUGAAGCUGGAGCUGGGGCACCGGGCCCAGCUGCGCAAGAAGCCGACCACGGAGGGCUUCACCCACGACUGGAUGGUGUUCGUGCGCGGCCCCGAGCAGUGCGACAUCCAGCACUUCGUGGAGCGCGUCGUCUUCCGGCUGCACGAGAGCUUCCCGAAACCCAAGCGAGUGUGCAAGGAGCCCCCCUACAAGGUGGAGGAGUCUGGCUAUGCUGGCUUCAUUAUGCCCAUUGAAGUGCACUUCAAAAACAAGGAGGAGCCCAAAAAGGUUUGUUUCACAUAUGACCUGUUUCUAAAUCUGGAGGGGAACCCACCUGUGAACCACCUUCGUUGUGAGAAGCUGACUUUCAACAACCCCACCAAGGAGUUCAGGCGCAAACUCAUCAGAGCUGGAGGGGUAAUGGUGAUGCCAGAAGGAGCAGAGGCUGUUUCAAGGCCAAGUCCUGAUUAUCCAAUGCUGCCCACGAUACCUCUCUCUGCCUUCUCUGAUCCCAAGAAGACCAAACCCUCCCAUGGGUCAAAGGAUGCAAACAAGGAAAGUAGCAAAGCAUCCAAGCCACAUAAAGUAACCAAGGAGCACAGGGAGAGGCCCAGGAAAGACUCUGAGAGCAAAAACUCCUCCAAAGACCUUGAGAGAGAACAGAACAAGCCUUUGAAGGACUCCUCCAGAAAACCAACUGAGAACAAACUGCCUAAGGAGGAGAAGGCACCUCCAAAAGCUGCUUUCAAGGAACCAAAACUGGCCGUGAAGGAGACCAAACUGGAGAACACCUCUCCGAAGGGGGGGCCACAGCCGGAGCUCAAGGCUUCCAGCAAGAGGCCCUCCAACGUGGAGUCACCAAAGCCUAGUGCCAAAAAACAAAAAAAGAGUAGCUCCAAAGGGGUGAAGAAUAUCCUGGGGACAUCUCCCAGAACCUCGUCUUCCUCAUAUCCAGAGAAGAAACAAACCAAGGAGAAGAUGAAUGCCAAAGUGGAGAAGGUGAAAUCUGAGAGCGAGGCCAAGGAGAUCAAAAAGCCUGUGGAAAUGGAGGAGUCAAACUCAGAGGAUGAGACUUCUUUCAAGUCAGAGUCUGUCCAGUCCAGCCCUUCCAACUCCAGCUCCAGCUCCGACUCCAGCUCUGACUCUGAUUUCGAGCCAUCUCAGAACCACAGUCAAGGCCCCCUGCGCUCCAUGGUGGAGGAUCUGCAGUCGGAGGAGUCGGAUGAUGACGACAGCUCCUCGGGGGAGGAGGCCGCGGUCAAAGGCAACGCCGUCAGCCGCGAUUCCAGACUGAGCCUCAGUGACAGUGACAGUGACAACAGCGCCGACUCGUGCCCGCCCAGCCGGGAGCCGCCUCCUGGGCAGAAGCUGCCCCCAGCAAACAACAAGGCAUCUGGAAGGAAAAGCCCAGAGUCUUGUAACAAGCCAGAGAAGAUCCUGAAGAAGGGAACGUAUGACAAGGCCUACACGGAUGAGCUGGUGGAGCUCCACAGGCGGCUGAUGGCGCUCCGGGAGCGCAACGUGCUCCAGCAGAUCGUGAAUCUCAUUGAGGAAACCGGGCAUUUCAACGUCACCAACACAACCUUUGACUUUGACCUCUUCUCCCUGGAUGAGACGACCGUCCGCAAGCUGCAGAGCUACCUGGAGGCCGUGGCCACAUGACGCUGGGCCUGGCAAGCUGGCUCUGCUCUUCACCCAGAGAUCCCCUCCUUUGGUACAGGAAACCACCCCAUGGAACUAGGCCUUCUUAUCCUCCUGCCUCAGCCGAAGAAGCACUGCCUUAGAGACCAGCCAUGCUCUAGGAAUGCUCAGCCAGCUGCACUUUUCUUGUAGGCUUCAAACCAGCACCCGCCUUGCUGAGUCUGUCCCCCCCAGCAGAGCAGGCCUGCUGCACUUAGGCUGCACAGCGCGACCUUGGCGCUUUCCCUUGGAGCAACUGUGUUUCAAGAGCACAUUUUGCAGGCAUCUCUGAGCUCUGAAGAAGAGUGGAUGCUGUUCCCUUCCCGCUCUGCCCCGCGCCCUGGGGGUGACAGCGCCUUUGGCAGAGCUGCCCGGGACACUGGGGACACAGGGGGCUCCCGGGGCUGCAUUCCAGCUGGGAGCACCCACCGGUUCAGUGACCUGGCUCCUGCUGGGGACAGGACCCUCAGCUCCCUGCAGGGACUCUCUGUGCUCGGUGAGGAGGCCUCUGGAACCUGCUGUCUCCUCCUGGGGUUUGGAGAUGUCUUGUUUGUUGAUCUGAGCUCCUAAACAAAGUCCCACUCCUUUCAGUCUGCUUUAACUGUAAUAGGACUCCAAAACUGUAAGCUGUAUAUUUUAUAUAUAUAUUAUAUAUAUGUAUGUACUGUAUGUAUAAGAAGGGCCUAGUUGGGUCUUAUGAUCUUGAGGGUGUGUUUUUCUGUUGUUUUUUUAUGGCUCUGGCAGGGGAAGGCGCUUAAUAAGAUUUGACUCGUUUGUUCAAUGCCUCUUGUGGACAAUUUGUAGUGUAAGGAAGCUGGACAGCAACCUCCAGGCAUCCCAUGCUCCAGAAGGGGCUCACCCGUCGUCUUUCCAUUUGUCAGUGUUUGAUAACUUUGCCAAAACGUGAUUGGUUUUGUUCUGUGUUCUCAAAGAGGAAUCUCCUUACAGUGGCCCCUAUAGUAGUGGCUGUACUUUGGGAAAACCAAAACAAGGGAGAGCUGACAUGUUUGGCCACGCCUGGGAGGCGCUGAUGUGAAACACGAAGUGGAGCUGGGUUUGUUCCUCCUCCCUCUCCCACCCCACUGCCUGUGCAGGGCAGGCAGGAAACAAACACUAAUGCAGCCCCUUCCCUCCCCUCAUUUCUAGUUAAACUAGUAUUGACCUCCAAGUGUUCUCCAGUGGGCAUGGGGCAAUCCCAGCCCCUUCCUCCAAGCUGUGUUACACUCCUGGUCCCUAAAUUCAGUAUUUUCCCAGGAACUGCUCCUUGUGAGGGCUGUGGGAAGCUGUUGCCAAAUGUCUGGAGCAGCGGUGCUGGGGAGCCCCUCUGCUCUGCGAGGGUCGCACCGCCCCAGGUUUGCUGUCCCUUGUUUUGGCUUCCCCCUUUCUUUAUCAUGGAAAUGUUGCAACUAAUCAACUGAAGUGGCAAUAUGAUGAUAAGCUUGUUUGAGUUGGGUCAUGUUGACCCGAUUCCCAUUAAUUUUGUCCUUGUACCACCUUUCAUGUGUCGUGUGUGUGUGUGUGUAUAUAUAUAUAUAUGUGUGUAUAUAUAUAUAUAUAUGGAAGUUCAAGCUCAUGCCAGGUGCAAACCCUGUCACACCAGUGAUCUCAGCUCUUUUCUUUCUUGCUGGACGAUGCCAGAGCUGGAUAGAAAGGCCAGAGAAGGUGGAGAGCAGGGGGCAGAGAGGAGAGGAGGUGGCAGCAGGACACCCAGGGUGGAGGCUGGUGGUCACUCGUGUCUCUGGGGCUGUGCCAGGGGGAGCAGCUCUGUGCCCACCCUGGGCUGGGGUUGUGGCACGGUCCCAUCCCCAGAGCAGAGGGUGUGGCCGGGCUCAGGCCCAGCUCUCCCGAGCUCUUUGCUGCCCUCUCUGCCCAGGUCACUCCUCCUCAGCUCCAGUCCCAGCACUUGGGCUGUCACAGCCUCCAGAGCUGCCACCCCUCCUGGCCCUGCUCCUGUCACCUCCCCUGCUCAGCUCCCAGCCAGUCCCAGAGUCCUGGGAGGUGUUCCUGAGCCUGGCUGGGGGCACCGUGGCCAUGGCAUCGUCCUGUCCUGGAAGUGACUUUGUUGGUGAAGUCUGCUGAGCAUUGAUAGGGAUUUUGUUUGGUUUUUAUAAGAAGUAUUUUACACAUGGAUUUUUUUAGACUGUUUAUAAUUCCCCCUGAAAACCCGAGGUAGGAUUGUUCCCCAGCAAUAGUUCCUCUCCAUUGUGUGCACAUGCUGAUUUGUUACUAAAAGGUUUUUGCAAGUACUUAGUUGUUCUACAGAGUUGAUGUUUUUUGGGGUAUGUGGUAGCGUCGGGGAGCACAGGAGGGGUGACUCUGCAGACAAAGAAUGGUCACAUUUGGGCCUCACCUUGUGUCCCCUCAGAGUUCCCUGUGUAGAUUCCCUCUAGGCUGGCUGAACGCUGUUCUGAACAUGCUGUGUACAGGUUUUUGUGGAUAAAGUGUUUGUUCUUGUGUCACUCUUGAGAGCAUGGAUGGAUUAUUGUACUCUAGGAAGGAGGGGGCAGUGCUGCUGUGGCAUUGCUUCAGGUCCUCGAGGAUGUGUAGUAGCUUGCGUUGUUAAAAAAAGGAAGAAAAAAAAAAAAAAGAAUCCCAAAUUGACUUGUAGCCAUAAUGGUUUUUGCAAGGAGAAUGGACAGGACUCUGUUUCUUUCCGUGUCCUUCGUGGUGCUGCUGCUGGCACAGGAGGUGCUGGGCAGCCCGAGGGCUUCCCGACAGUUGGAAUCGUGUUGAGGUGGGAUCAGGAUCUGCUCCGCCCUUGCCCUGGGAGCAGAGGGAGGGGCAGGAGCGUUUCCUGGGUCCUGGUCUGCGACGUGUUAAGCCUUGAGGCUUUGAUUACUGACAUGUACUGUUAGAAAAGAUUCAAAAAGGAGAGGAGAGGAAAGCUUGGCUGGCGGCAAAGCCCGGCGGAGGGUUUGUGCCACGGAGGGAGCGAGGCCGAGGUCAGGCUGAGUCCAUGGAAGUGCAAUGACUCUGCCACCCGCGGGAGCACCAGAACGAGCCGAGCAAUUGAUGCAACAAUCCAGAAGCAGUUUUUUUUUGUCAGAUCUUGGACCGUGUUUGAUGGUGAGAGAGGUUUAAACGCCCCUCCCCGAGGGGCAGAGCCCGGAGCGGCUCCGGGGGGAUGGGCUGGGGCCGCCUCUGCUCGCCCGAGGCUCCUCCCUGCUCGCCCAGGGGCGCUGCUGGUGCCGUGACCCCCCUGCUGCCCCGGGACAGGUUAAUUAGUGCUCAAAGGACCCAGACCGGGGCUGCUUUCCUGGGGCGCGAAAUAGCCAUCAAAAACUGACAAGAUGAGUUUGCACUCCUGAAGAAAAAUGUAAGUACUUCAACUUCUAGAGAAUUUUUAAUUGUAUUUCUGCCUAGAGCCGAGGUAUUAAAUACCUCAGCACCUGAGGAUUUUAAAAGUUGUGUUGGGAGAAAGUUCUUCACUCAGCUGGAAGAAAUGCAGCUAAGCCAAGACUUAACUGCAAGAUUAAAAAAAAAAAAAAAAAAACCACAAAAAAACUCAUGUUUGUAAUACGUUACAGGAUUGUUUGUCCUGAAUUUUAAACUUUUUGUUAAAUUUGUGGAACUAUGGAGGAAUUUUCUAGAAAAAGUGAAAUAAAGUAAGAUGGAAAAGUAAAA